UAAACUGGCAUUUAUUUUGAAAAAUAAUCUCUACAAUUACCUUGUUCAUUCAGUACAUUCAACUAAUGCCAUACAGCUUUUUAAUAUAAUGUUAUCCAUAAAAAUGUAAAUAUAAAUUUAUAGAAAGAAUAUAUAUUUAUAUAUAAACAAUAACACGCAGUGUUUAUGGUAACUUGCCAACUGAUGUGAGUCUUCAUGGCAGAUCUGUUUUUGCCCUUGGCAAGUAUGACAUUCUUUUGUAAUUUUUAGCAUAUUAAUUACUGUGAUGUCUCCACACCUAUGCAAACCAUGUGAACAUACCUAACCAGACUCGUCAGUGGCACUCGGGCCCCUUAAAUAAACCCGUCCUUCGAUAUGUGACUUUAUGUUUUCAGACACACAGUGAGCUGUCAGCAGAAAGCAUGUGGGUUUUUGGUUACGGAUCUUUGAUUUGGAAAGUUGACUUUCCAUAUGAGGAGAAACGAGUGGGUUUCAUCAAAGGUUUCAGUCGCAGAUUCUGGCAGGGAUGUACGAAUCAUCGAGGGGUGCCUGGAAAGCCUGGCCGAGUGGUAACAUUAAUAGAGGACCCUGAGAGCUUUGUGGGGGGCGUUGCUUAUAAGUUGCCAUCAGGUCAAGAAAAGGAAGUGAAAGAGUAUCUGGACUACAGAGAGAAAGGCGGUUACGGGGUGAUCACAGUUACAUUUCAUCCCAAAGAUGAAGGACACCAACCAAUGCGGGACACAUUGCUCUACAUCGGCUCCUGUGACAACCCAAAUUACCUUGGCCCAGCACCUUUGGAGACAAUCGCUCAGCAGAUUGUGAAGUCUGUAGGCCCUAGUGGCAAGAAUACAGACUACCUCUUUGAGCUCGCCGAUGCCAUCAGGCAACUGAUACCUGAAGACUUAGAUGAUCACCUGUUCUCUUUAGAGCACCUUGUGAAGGAGCUGCAGAAGCAGGAGGAGAUGGAGUGAUCUGAUAUAGUCUGCUUUGUCCUUAAUCUUCUGAAAAAUAGAAGUUCCUUUGUUCAUUUAAUUAAUAUCCAUUUAUGCAUAUAAGGUAAAUCACAAAUAAUGUCCAUAAGAAAAUGAAUUUCUCAAAAAUACCACAGCACAUAACAUUUUACAAAAACUAAACUUGCUAAAAAAAAAAAAA